AUGAGUUCGCUAAGAGAAGAAAAACAAAUAGUUAUCAAACUAUAUACUAAGAGCUUAGACGAAAUUAGUCUUAAUGAAGUAAAGUUGGCAAUAAAAUCUAUUACUCCAAAACAAAUGGUUAACCAAAUUCGAACGUCAUCUCUUAUAUUUACAAAAAAAAGAAAAAGAAAUAGUCGAUUUUGGUCCCAAAAAAGUCAAAGCAAAACCAAAAAUUUAAAUCAUACCAAGUUAAAGCAUAAUGUAGAUAAUGAAUAUAUUGAGUAUAAUGAAUAUAAUAACGAUCGCUUUGAGAAUAACAAUGAGUUUUUGGAUAACGAUCGCUUCGAGAAUAACGAUGAGUUUUUGGAUAACGAUCACUUUGAGAAUAACGAUGAGUUUUUGGAUAACGAUCGCUUUGAGAAUAACAAUCACUUUGAGAAUAACGAUGAGUUUUUGGAUAACAAUCACUUUGAGAAUAACGAUGAGUUUUUGGAUAACGAUCGCUUUAAGAAUAACGAUCACUUUGAGAAUAAUGAUGAGUUUUAUAACGAUCGCUUUGGGAAUAAUGAUGAAAGCAUCGAUAAAAGCCGUUUUAAUAAGUUCCCGUCAAACAUUGAUCUUGCAUGGGAUAUACUAAAUUUUGAUAAACAGAAUAAAACAUUUACAGUUUGCCCCAAAUGUAAUAAAUUAUAUAAUACAACAGAAAUAAUACCAGAUAAUCAAGAUUCUGAUGGGUUUAAAUACAUAUAUAAGGAAUUUCAAAAUCAUCCAAAACCAAGUUGGCGAAAGCCUUGUGGAGAGGAGUUACUAAAAAAGAUUUCAACAGUAAACAGGCAUGUUUGGCAACCACGAAUGCAAUAUCCGCUACCAAGUAUUAAGUCUCAAUUAUUUUUAAUGUAUCAACAAGAUGGUUUUAAUAUGUUACUCCAAAAAUAG